CUGUAACCGAUCUAAUCGUUAAUUUAAAAAAAAUCAUCAUGGCUCGACAAUUUAAUAAUAAUUAUCUGAUGUAUAUCACGAUUUUUGUUCUGUUGAUUUUAGUCAAUAGUUUUUUUGUAAAACCAUCACAAUCAAGUCCUUUGCCUGCGAUUAAAUGUUCAAUCAACGCACCUGAAACAAAAGUAUUGCAGUUGAAUGAUGAACCAUUUACGAAUACAACUGAAACAGCAUCGAAUGACGAUGAUGAUGAUGAAGAAGAAGCCGAUGUGACCACAAGUGAAACUACAAUCGAUGAAUCUACGACCGAAAUUGAAGAUGAUAAUGAUGAUGAAAAUUCUACCACACAAGAUUCAAUUUCAGAUGAUGAAAAUGAUGAUGAUACGGAUGAUGAGAAUAAUGAAGAUGGAGAUGGCGAUGGCGAUGGCGAUGAUGCUGCGAAUGAUGAUAAUGCUGCUUCGGAUGAUGAUGGCGAUGCGGAAAACGAUGAAACUGAUGAAGAAACGGAAACCGAUAACGAAUGAUUUCAUAUUAAUUUUUAAAAAAGAAUUUUGAUUUAUAAUUUUUUUUUUAAUUUUAAUGCAUUAAAUUUAUAAGAAAAUAAAUUUGUUUUU